UUCGGCAUUACCUAUCUCUUUCAAGUGGCUGUUGUGAACGGCAGUGAGACGGGCGCGACCACGAGUCUCAAUGUAACGACGCCAGAGAACGUUCCCUCAGGUUUUCCGCUGAACUUCAAAGUCCGCGGGGUUUCACCAACAGCAGUGGAGGUGACCUGGGAACCGCCGGCACUUCAUCUUCGUAACGGUCGCCUGACGAGCUACCAAGUGCGAUACUUUGAAGUUGGAGCUGAGACCGAGACGGAAAAGUCAGUGGAUGUCCUGGUUCCAGAGCAGUUAAGCUACAUGGCCCGUGAUCUCAAAACUCAAACCUACUACAGUUUCAUGGUGAGGGCAUUCACCAGCCGGGGGCCCGGUCCAUGGACUAGGGCGAACAAUGUUCGAACCACUGUCGAAUGUGAGUUACCGACCCGUGGGUCCAAGACAUUUUCUCUCGUUCUUUAA